ACUGAAGAAACAGCCAAUGACAAGGGUGAUGUUGGAAAAGACGAGUAACGAUCAGGGCGGCUGAACAGUUUAAAGUAAUAAUAAUAAUAAAGUUUCAGAUCCAGCCGACAAUAGAAUUUGCUCGCUUUUUCAGUUACGCGCCACGGGCGGGGGCAAGAGAGACGCCUAAACAUCUUGACCGGGAGGAGGAAAUUAUUUCUAGAGCAAUUUUCAAGUCUGCGCGUCUUCAUGGCUAGAGCUUUUUCCGAGGCAAUGUGAAUGGUGAAGGUGCACCAAUCUCUCCUGGACAGUUGUUGCAUGUUUAUGGAGCUGUGGACCGGGGUCAGCUCAUCGCCCCUGCGCGUCUUCCGUUCCCUGGGCAAUGCUGCAGCAGUUGCCGCCGCCGCCCCCCCUCCUAAGAGGACGUGGGCUGUUCGGCAGAAACUGACCUGGGUGAAGGAGGAGGAGGAGGAGGAAGCAGAGCCUGUCCCCCGGCGGCCGAACCCAUUACUAUGGCCGUGUUCUGCUAUGCGCUCAACAGCCUGGUGAUCAUGAAGAAGAGCAGCGAGGAAGAGGAGAAGAGCGGGAGCUGCAGAGGAGGCAGGAGCAAGACGCCGCCUGCGAUGCGCAGGCAGGUGCCACCUGAGGUCGUCCGGGGAAGCGAAAGGCAUAGCAGUUACUGCCCUUUGCCUCUGGGCAGCAGCGGCAGUUCCAGCAGCACCCCCACGGCGUUCCUCUUCCCUCCAGCUGAGCCGCUGCGUGCCAAGGAGGAGGCGCUCACUCCCAGGACCCCUCGAGAGCUCAGCAGCCCUAGCUGGGCGAGCCCCCCGAGCCGGUCUCCUUCCCCUGGCUGGAAAGGGGCUUGCCGGACGUCGCGGGUCCUCCAGCGGGAGCUGCAGAACGUGCAGGUGACUGAGAAAGUGGGGCUGUUCGAGGCGCAUAUCCAGGCGCAGAGUUCGGGGGGCGCCACCUUUCCUCUAAAGAGUCCCCGCCUGCCCAGGAGGUCGCCUUCCCCCAGCCGACCUCGCGCCCUGCAGCUGUUAGAGGACACCCCAUCAAGGCAACGGGAGAUAGAGGAGGAAAUCAAGGAGCUCGAGAAGCUGUGGUUCCAACUGGAAACUACAGGGAAGGCGUUGGAGCAGGAGGCAGAGAAGGGCUCCGGGGACCCCCAUCUAUUACAGGUGGCAGGCAAGGUGAAAACGGGCAGUGGGUCUCCAACUACGCAGAAAGAAAACGGGCUGUCUGGAGAGCAGCCCCCAAAGACGAUGCAGUUGGCCGAAGAGGACUCUGGAGCACAGGAUUCAGAAGAGGUGAAGAGCAGGAGCCAAACCUGGGUGUGGAACUCAGAUCAAGGGCACGCAUUGUUCAAAGGGCCCAGUUCUGACCAGAUGGGGAGGGCGAAUGGGAUUUCCAGGACGCAGGAGUCCAGGUUGGCAGAAAGGGGCCUGUGGCCUAUUGAGAGGGAGGGCUUUGAGGUGAGAAGUCAGCCUCUAGAAGAGGAACACUCCAAAGAGAUGGAAAGCAGGAGAAGCUGUGAGGAAACUUGGGGCUCGGACGAGAGCAGUGGGAUGCAGCCAGGUGAAGGCAAGGCGCGACUUUCAGGGGGGCCAAGCAAGGUGAGCAGCUGCUGCGAGAGUCUAGGCUUCUUAGAAAUCGGGCGCGGGAGGAGGGGCUUUCCUGGAGGGCAGGGCUCAAGCGCCAUAGAGAACCCCCUUGGAGAGCCGCUCCCUCCAGGAGACCCGUCUUGCCUUGCCAGAACUGACGGCAAGGAGGGUAGCAGCAGCCUGCUCACUUUGACAUUCUCUGAGCCUUGGUCUGAGGUUAUGGCUGAAGCCCAUGUUGUUGGGCUGCAAGAACAGCAGCCUCCAUCAGGGACCUCUGCAGCCGUACCACAACCGUGGCGGUCCCUAGUGGAAGGGGAGAGCUGCUAUGGAGGCGCAAGCAUUCCUGCCGUUAUUGUGACAGACUUGGAUGCUCAGGAGGAGGAAAAGGCAGGAGCAGCUCCCCCAAAGGACAUGCCAGUCAGGAAGCUGUCUUCUUCCUCAGCUUCUUCCACCGGCUUCUCCUCAUCCUGGGAAGAAUCUGAAGAAGAUAUCUCCAGUGAUCCUGAGCGAUCCUUGGACCAGAGUCCAGCCUUCCUGCAGACCCUGGAUAAACCCAGAGUGAGCAAGUCAUGGCGGAAAAUCAAGAACAUGGUGCAUUGGUCCCCCUUUGUUAUGUCUUUUAAGAAGAAAUAUCCCUGGAUCCAGUUAGCAGGGCAUGCAGGUAGCUUCAAAGCUGCUGCAAAUGGGAGGAUAUUAAAGAAGCAUUGUGAGUCUGAACAGCGUUGUUUGGACCGUUUGAUGAAUGAUGUCCUUAAGCCUUAUGUUCCUGCCUAUCAUGGAGAUAUUGUGAAGGAUGGGGAGAGGUAUAAUCAGAUGGAAGAUCUCCUGGCUGACUUUGAUUCUCCUUGUGUCAUGGACUGCAAAAUGGGAGUUAGAACCUAUCUGGAGGAAGAGCUAUCAAAGGCCAGAAAGAAGCCAAGUUUGCGGAAAGACAUGUAUCAGAAGAUGAUUGAAGUAGAUCCUGAGGCUCCAACUGAGGAAGAGAACUCUCAACGUGCAGUGACCAAGCCUCGAUAUAUGCAGUGGAGAGAAACCAUAAGUUCUACAGCAACGUUAGGGUUCCGGAUUGAAGGAAUAAAGAAAGAAGAUGGCACCGUGAACAGGGAUUUCAAGAAGACUCGGACAAAGGAACAAGUCAUGGACGCCUUCAGAGAAUUUACAAAAGGAAACCAUAACAUUCUGAACAGUUAUCUUAACCGGUUGAAAGGGAUUCAUGAUACUUUGGAAACAUCACCGUUCUUCAAGAGCCAUGAGGUAAUUGGGAGUUCCCUUCUCUUCAUCCAUGACAAGAAGGAGCAGGCCAAAGUAUGGAUGAUUGAUUUUGGGAAAACCACUCCACUUCCAGAGGGACAAGUUCUCCAGCACAAUGUGCCCUGGAUAGAAGGGAACAGAGAGGAUGGCUACCUCUGGGGACUGGAUAAUCUUAUUGAGAUUCUAACAGAGUUGUCUCAAAGUGAAGAUCUGCAUUAAAGCCAAGGGUCCAGCUCUGCCACUGUCCACAACCUAGUUCCUCCAACUGACUUUCUGAUCUGCACUACAAGACACUUUUCUUCCACCUUCUCUUCCAGUUCUAAAAUUUAGAAGCUCCUUUUAUUUUAUUUAAGGUAUAAAUAUGCAGUGACGUACCCGAACAAACACUGAACAUGAAGUUAAAGUUAGACAAGCCAGAUAGUAAUGUUGGCCUUACGAGUUAGGCCUCCUGCAUCCUAAUAUGGAAAAUAUUUUUAUGUAAAAAAUCUGAUACAGUUCUUAACGUGCCUGAGCACAAGGAAGAUAAUGCCCUAGUCUUGUUUAAAUUAUAUCUAGCUAAUAAUUGCCAGAGUGAAGGAUGCAUUUGUAGUUAUCUGCUGCCCUCUCAUGUCAAAAGCUAGCAUUAUUUUGGGCCAUUGAUGUUGAAAGCGUGCUUAUAUUGGGCAUUUUCUUAUAGGUGUUCUUUCUUCCUGGGAACCUUCCACAAAAGGAAUGGUAACAAUUUAUAUUUACUAGCUUCCCUAAAUAUAAGAAUAUGAAUAUAAUAGUUCAUAGGAAUAAUUAACAUCAGGUAGAUUUUUCUACGUAAGGAAAUAAUUUCUUGUUGGCUUAUACUUAUUGUGCAAUAUUUACAUGGUUGUAGCAACUGCAAAAGUUUGCUUUUGUGGGUUACAUUACAUGGUGCAUCCAUUUAGCUACUGAAGUUUGUUUGGACUACUGAGGCAAGGGUCUGAUCCCUUGUCUAGCCUUCCAUUGGCUUGGGAUGACCUGGUCGCAUGGCAGCAAAGGGGUUGCUGCAGAAUGACAAGGGCACUGACUGCCAUCCUUUGGGUGUCUUUUUGCUGGCACUGCAGUCCCUUUUGAAAAUGACAGUACAUUCUCAGGUGAACUCCUGCAAAUCAUUCCAAAUCUCCCAUUUUAAGAAGAGGCAUUAACUAGACCUAAAGCAGAGUAUUAUAAUGGUAAGCUUCACAAUAUUUGUAUGCCUGCCAAGGAAUAUGGAAGAGAAAGGACAUGGUAGGUAAUUUGGUAGGUAAUAUAGGCAAGACCCUCUAAAUAAGGAUUUGUUACUUUCAGUCUUGCGAAUAUAUCUAAGUCUCUAUUUAGGGCACAGAAGUUGUUUUAUAAGUUCCUGGAACAUUUGAAUUAGACGGCUGAAGUCAAGUGGUCAGCUACUGGGAGAGGAAGAUUAUUGGUGCAUUUGAUUUUCUUGGAGAACUCACAAUGCUGCAGAAACCUUGGAAAUUGAGACUGAGUUUAUGUUACAAUUUUUUUCUGAGCCAUUUCCUGGCUGUUUUUUUAAAAUCUUUCUAUAUUUAUGAUGUAUUCCAUAUGCCUCUAUAGUCUGUUGCUACUAUUCUUCCAAACAGUAAUGUUGGACCCUGUUGCUUGUACCUGGAGGUGCUGCCCUUGGAACAAGUGUGUAUGUUUUAGAGGGUGGCUGUUGGUUGGCACAGGGUCCCUUUGUAAGCUUUUCAGAAAGAUUCUGUGCCAUUGAGUGUUGCUCCAUUCAUAUAUCAGUAGGAUAAUAUUGCUCAUUCUUCAGCGCUGUUGUAAAUAAUUGCUCUGCUUAGAUGUUUUUCCCCUUCAGGCUUCCUAUGCUGUUUAAUAAUAGCCUUUGCUGAAAGUGCCUUAUGGAUGAGUAUCUGUUCCACUCAGUGUCAUGGAAAAGUGUUUUUGUUUUUUUGUUUUUUUUAAUACUAUUUAUUGCCAUACUUUUAGUUAUCUAGAACACUAAGUCUUAAUGCAUGGAAUCUUCUAAAGGAUAACGUUUAGAUUUUGAAGUCUCUUUCCAUAUUUAUGGAAAGGGGAAGACCGUGAAGCAGCAUCAGUUCAUCCUAUUUUAAAAAUGUAUUUAGCUUUUAAAUUACUUCUAUUAUAUACUUUUUAAAUUUUUUUAAGCUGGUUUGUUUGUAAAAUAAGAUUCUUUGCUUUACGGCUUUUAAAGAAGUGAAAUAUUUCUCCAGAUGUCUUUUGGAUCUUUCUGGAGGAUGGAACUAUUGCUGUGAGGUUAUUCUCCUAACACUUUCCACACCAUUCCCCUUGAUUAGCAAGGAGAUAAAGAACUUGCAGAGUUAUAGAACAUCACCAGUGCACACUGCCUGUAAGUCAACUUAAAAUAAAAACAACAUGAUUGUUU